UCUAUCAGGUUCAGUCGACAAAACUAUUUUCAGGCAGUCUUACACACAGAGUUUUCGUAAUACUGUUCAAAAUUUCCCUGUUUUUUGCCUAUUCGAUUUUCUAGUUUUCACUUUUAUUUUUCUUCUUGAUUUAAACAAAAACCUUUUUGUUAUCACUCUUUGAAACCAGCCCGCGCAUGUGUAAUAAAGACUGUGGAGCACAGCGGCCCCAAUCGGGCUGCCCCAAUCCAUCAUGUAGGCCACCGCCGUCGCUGCGUCCGACAUGUCGGCCGCCGCCGACGCUUUUCUCGAAGCUAAACUGUACGGCCUGCAAUCGAUUGUUUUUCUUCAUUGUGGGUGCUGGCAUUGGUCUGGCGAUCGAUGCAAUUAAAGAAAGCGCCAAGAAAGCGCAGGAGGAGGCGAACAAGGAUCCCAAACAGAAGGAGAAGGAGAAGAAGGAGAAGGAGAAACAGGAGAAGGCUGAAAAGGAAAAGAAGGAGAAGGAGAAAAAGGAGAAAGAAAAGAAAGCCAAGGAACAGCAGGAAAAAGAGAAAAAAGAAAAGGAAAAGAAGGCCAAGGAACAGGAAAAGAAAGACGGAAAAAAAUAACAGAUCAAAAGCCACAAAAUUAAGUUAACCAAGGAACAGCAACGUUUGGGUUUAGUCAUCAGAUGAACUUAAAUUCCAAAUUGAAAAAGUCCAAAAAAAACAAUAGAUAAGAUAGUGGCAGAACGGGAUAUGCCUUUACGCUAGCUAACUGUGUGACUCCAAAUUAAUAGUUUACUACAAAAGUCUAAAUUUAAAGUGCAUUUUAAUUAAAAAUAAUUUAUGUGCAAAAUAAAAAAAACCGAAGCGCAAAUUCCCUAUUUUU